AUGUCAACAAAGAAAACUGUAGGCUAUAGACAGAUUGACUAUCGCUCUGAAAAAAUAUAACCAGUUACAGUAGACUCGAGCUUACGUAUCUUGAAAAAAAUAUAAAAAAGAAGAUGCUCUUACAGAUUUGUUGGUAUGGAUCUUCUUACUGUAAUACAUCAAUAUUAUGACUAUAUCAAAAGUUUUAGAGCUAACUAAUUUUCUCAAAAAAUUGAGGACUCUACGAGUUAUGAAAUGAUGAAUAUGAUGCAUGAGUCACAUAAUGCUGACCAAAUUGAGGAGGAAUAAGAUGGAGAAAUCAUGAGUUUUCUUGAAAAAUCUAAGUUAAAUACCUAUAAAAAUAUAAUUUUUGCUUUUUUCAAGCACAUUUAAGAGUGUGUUGAUCCUAUUUAGUAGGAAAAAUAUGUUUAACUCACUGAAGAUAAAUGGGAAUAUAAACAUAUAAGCCUAAGAGUUUAUUAAAAUUUAAGGAACUGUGGAAGAUCUAAUUUGAAAAUAAAAAAUUUAAUUUAAAAUAGAAACCUAAAGGGUGUAUUUAUAAAUUUUUUAGAAAACUCAGACGACCUAUGGAUUAAACAAUCGAAGAUUAAGGACAAAGAGGGGAUAAAAAAGCAAAUAAAUCUUAUUAUAGAGGCAUAUAAAAAGAAUAUACUUGCCAAUAAUAUUUAGUUUUAUAAAAAACACAAAAAAUGA